GAUUCUGGAUGGGGUCCACACCGAACGGAUACUUUAUUCCCUCCAAGCUGCGGUCUGGGCGGAGCCUCGCUACGCCGGUUGCCCAAAUCAGGAUGGCAGUGAUCCACUUGGUUUACGAUGGUUGCGAGAGAAAAGGGUCGUCGGGCGGUUUCAGGCGGAAGCUUUAUUGGGCUGAACAGGCGAAAUGACUGGAUGGAUCGUUUAAUAUCGGCACGAGACAGCGCUGAACAGGGUCAGCAUCCAUCGUGGGGAGGGUCCGUUCGAAUUAAGGGUGCCCCAGUUUGGGAAGAAAGUUACUAAUAUUCUUUAAUAAAAGGAGUAAUGGUCAAGUAAGCGUUGGAAACCAAAGACUUGAGAGACGGGGAGGAAGG